AUGCCGGGGAACCGGCGGCCGAGGGUCCGCUCCGGGAACGAGCCUCGUCCUGCGCCCACCAUGGAGCCGGAGGGGCGCGGGGCCUGGGCCCACAGCCGCGCCGCGCUCGACCGGCUGGAGAAGCUGCUGCGCUGCUCGCGUUGCACUCAUAUUCUGAGGGAGCCUGUGUGUUUAGGGGGGUGUGAGCACAUCUUCUGUAGUAAUUGCGUAAGUGACUGCAUUGGAACCGGAUGUCCAGUGUGUUAUACCCCAGCCUGGAUACAAGAUGUGAAGAUAAAUAGACAAUUGGACAGCAUGAUCCAGCUUUGUAGUAAGCUUCGGAAUUUGCUACAUGAUGAUAAGCUUUCAGAUUUGAAAGAAGAUACAUCUAGGGAAAAUUUAUUUAAUGAUGCAGAAAAUAAGAAGAAUUCAAUAAAAAUGUGGUUUAGUCCUCGAAGUAAGAAGGUCAGAUAUGUCGUGAGUAAAGUUUCAGUGCAAACCCAGCCUCAAGUGAUAAAUGAUGAGAAUGCUCAGCAGGCUUCCAUGUACGAAUUUGUUUCUACAAGUCCUCCAACAAGUGUUUCUGAGAAGGCUAAAAAGGCUUCUCCAAGAUCUGGAAAAAAACAGAAGAAGAAAACUUUAGCUGAAAUCAACCAAAAAUGGAACUUGGAGGCAGAAAAAGAAGAUGGUGAACUUGACUCCAAAGAGGAAUUAAAGGAAAAGCUGGUGUCCUUCUGCAACCAGCCGUCUGUUAUCGCUAGUCCUCAGACAAAUGGUGAGAUAGACUUACUCGCCAGUGGCUCUGCCGUGGAAUCACAGGGUUGUGGCAGCCUAACUGAAGUCUCUUUACCAGUGGCUGAGCACAUAGAGUCCCCAGCAACGGAGAGCAGGAAUGAAGAAGUGACUCCUGAGAAGAAGCUCUGUGCAAAUCCUCGUCCAUCUAAGCAGUGCUUGCUGUCAGGUCCCAGUGGGCGAUGUGCGCGUCGCAGCAGACGGUCCAGUCCCGUCCCUAAGAGAUGUAGGAGCAGCAUUCCUGGCACCAGCAGACAGCACAUAGUGCUUUCGGAAAACAAACCGUCGCCUGGCUGCCCCUCACCACCCUCAAGCAAACUCAAAGUUGGUGACACAUUAAGGCGGAGAAAGAGUAAUGUAUCAGAUGAGUCCAUGAGCCUCUCACGAGGUAUGCCACCUGCUGCACUGAACAGCCCAAGUUACAGACGGAUGAUGUCUAGCCCCUCAGCAGCGAAGCUGUCACCCACUAGCCUUAUGGCUGUGAAAAGAAAUCAUAGAGGAGAGACUCUGCUCCAUAUUGCUUCCAUUAAGGGCGACGUACCUUCUGUUGAGUACCUCUUACAAAAUGGAAGCGACCCAAAUGUUAAAGAUCAUGCUGGAUGGACACCAUUGCAUGAAGCCUGCAAUCAUGGGCACCUGAAGGUAGUGGAGUUGUUGCUACAGCACAAGGCAUUGGUGAACACCACUGGCUAUCAGAACGACUCACCGCUUCAUGAUGCCGCCAAGAACGGGCACCUGGAUAUAGUCAAGCUCUUAAUUUCCUACGGAGCCUCCAGGAACGCCGUUAACAUAUUUGGUUUGCGGCCUGUGGAUUAUGCAGACGGUGAAAAUAUGAAAUCACUAUUGCUGCUGCCAGAGAAGAAUGAAUCAUCAUCAACUCGCCAUUGCUCAGUAAUGAACACUGGUCAGCGUAGGGAUGGACCUCUUGUGCUUAUAGGCAGUGGGCUUUCUUCAGAACAACAAAAAAUGCUCAGUGAGCUUGCAGCAAUUCUUAAGGCUAAAAAAUGUGCUGAAUUUGACAAUACAGUAACUCAUGUCAUUGUUCCUGGGGAUACAGUUCAAAGUACCCUAAAAUGUAUGCUUGGGAUUCUCAAUGGAUGUUGGAUCUUAAAAUUUGAAUGGGUGAAAGCAUGUCUACAGAGAAAAGCAUGUGAACAGGAGGAAAAAUACGAGAUCCCUGAAGGUCCACGGCAAAGCAGGCUCAACAAGGAACAGCUGUUGCCAAAGCUGUUUGAUGGAUGCUACUUCUAUUUUGGGGGAACCUUCAAACACCAUCCAAAGGACAACCUUAUUAAGCUUGUUGCUGCAGCAGGGGGCCAGGUCCUUAGUAGAAAGCCCAAGCCAGACAGUGACGUGACUCAGACCAUCAAUACAGUUGCGUACCACGGGAGACCUGAUUCCGAUCAGCGCUUCUGCACACAGUAUAUCAUCUACGAAGAUUUGUCUAAUCAUCGCCCAGAGAGGGUUCGGCAGGGCAAAGUCUGGAUGGCUCCUUCCAGCUGGUUUAUUGAUUGUGUGAUGUCCUUUGAGUUGCUCCCUCUUGACAGCUGAAUAUUGCACCAGAUGUACGUUUCAAAUUGAACUCACACGGUGUGAGAGCCCAGCCAUUGCACUGUUUUGAUCAUUCACAUUUUUAUAAUAGGUAGACUCGUUCAUACAUAUGUUUUCCUUGAAUUAAAAAACAAAACAAAACUUAGGCCAGACUUAGAAUUCAUUCUGUGUUUACCAUUUAGAAGCUGAAAUUGCUUUGAAGGAUUUUUCUUUUUAAAACUGGUGUAUGUUUUGAUUCAUCAUGUCUUUUUAUUCAAAUUAUCAGCUAUCAAAGAUUAAUGAGAGAGUACCAGAACUAUUGGUUAAAUAUACAAGCAGUAUCG